CCUGCAUCACUCCCCUUUCUGCAUCGUCCCUGCAUCACUCCCCUUUCUGCAUCAUCCCUGCAUCACUCCCUUCUUCUCCUGCAACUUCCCUGCAUCACUAUCUCCUACAGAGGCUUUCACUCCCAUACUACCCAUCCCCCUCCCCCUUCCCCUUCCCACUUUGGGAGGACAAACUGCCGGACCGCCGCUAACAUCAUUGCCCAAAUAAGGAAGCAAGCGGACUGCACCAUUCCGCCAUCGGCGAGACUUCCCCGGGCGCAGAGCGGUUAAUUCAGCCAUCAUUGUCGGGGCUGCGAGGCGCGGGCCCAAUCGUGAAGGGGAGAUCGCGCACCAACCGUGGCGGCGGCGGCGAGGUCAGCGCUGAUUUGUUCGCGUGGCAAGCGGGGCCACUGGGCGGGCAGGCGGGGUUUGGCCAGGGGUCACCGCGGGUUGCCGCGGCCGCUGACUGGCUGGUUGAAAGAGCGGCUGCCUCUGCCGGAGGGCCCGGAUGGUGCUCGGCGAGCCCGUCAGACCGAGCCGCUGCCCGCCCCGCUGGGCUCGGUGACCGAGUGAAGCGCAGUCGCACGAUGCGCUGGCCCCCUCGGCCCGGCUGCAGCACCAGCACCAGCAACCCCUUCAGCUUCAACCUUUUCACUCGGAGGCCGGUGGCGCAGCGAUGUCUAAGCCACUGAGGAGCAGCUGUCUCUGAAGCUGAUGGCAAGCCGCGGGCAGCUGCUUUCUGCACUAUGGCCACUCACUCCAGCUUGUACAAUGAGGACAGAAAUUUGCUUCGAAUUAAAGAAAGGGAAAGAAGAAACCAAGAAAUUCAUCUCAACAAGGACCCUUUCCUUGAAAAUGCCCCCCUCUUUGGUGAGCCAUACAAGACCAAUAAAGGGGAUGAACUUUCCAGCCGUAUUCAAAGUAUGCUGGGCAACUACGAUGAGAUGAAAGAUUUAAUAAAUAAUAUGUCUCAACAGAAUUUCAUUGGAAUACCCAAAAGGGCAGUCCCUUUGAUAUCACAAGAAAAAUGCUCGCUUGGUCCAAACAGAAGUAAUAGUUCAAUGCAGCCUUCCUUACACAGUAAAAAUCCACGCUCAAUGGGACCUCACAGCUCUGCAUCAUCAACAGUCCACUGUUCUUCUCAAAAAGGCACUGCAUUAACAAAACAAAACAGCCAAAGGUCCAAACAUAAUGUUCAAAAUUACAAAUCACUUCAUAAUCGAAGCCAAAAUAAGGGCAACUCCUAUAAUGACAGAGAAACUUCCAAUAGCCAUCGCAGGAGGGAUGAUAAGCAGGUGGAUGCCGACAAUCAAGCUAAGGUCCAGUUAUCCCAUUUGCAAGACUUUCAGCCAUUGUUACAGUUGUCCUCACUUGUACAGCCCUUGUCUCCUCUGACACCACUAUCCCCCUUACAUUCCAGUGUGUUUACCAAUUCCAGAUUACAGAGUAGCAAUAGCAAAGACUGUUCGCCAUCAAAAUCUCCGCAUGAACUGGGUGUACACUCCAGUGAUUCUGACAGUUUGUCUUCUGGUCUGAAUGCUCCUGUUACCAACCAACAUGCAUCUCAAACCUUUCCACCAUCUUUGCCAUCGAAACCAAGCAUGAUGCAACAAAAGCCUACAGCAUAUGUGAGACCCAUGGAUGGUCAAGACCAAGCCCCCAGUAAAUCCCCAGAACUAAAGCCUCCUUCAGAGGAUUGCAAUGAGGAGUCAUUUGGAAACAUAGCAGAAGUGAAAGUAUGUGCCAGGACAAAGUUAUCCAAACUUAAGAUUCCUUCUCAGCCAAUUGAGGAAACAUUAUCAAAUGAUGUCAAUUGUGUUGAAGAAAUCCUGAAGGAAAUGACACAUUCGUGGCCGCCACCUCUCACUGCCAUCCAAACACCUCAUACAACAGAACCAUCAAAAUUUCCUUUCCAAAACAAGGACACCCCUGUCCCUUCUGGCUUUGUAGAACACAAUAAAUGUGAGAUUCCACCAAAAAAAUCACAAUCAGAAAAACUAAUGCUUGAAAAUGACCUACAGAUCAGCAGUAGUGAUGACAGUGAUGGGGAUCAGGUCACGGAAAAAACAGUGCCUAUUUCUGUUCCGAAAAGUGCUUCCUUCCUGCCCCAGAGUGGUAUUUUUUUAUCAAGACAUUCCAGUGGUGGCUUAAAUAACCUAAGUGAAUCUGGCAAUUCUUCUGGCUCUGAUUCAGAGAGUGAAACCACCUCUACAGACAGUGAAGGAGCAUCGAGUGAAGGAGCAUCAAGGGCCCCCACUCCUGAGCCUGAUCCUUCACCAGCAAAUAAAUGGCAACUUGAUAAUUGGCUGAAUGUCAGCCAGCCAGCCAUGCCUUCCAAGAGCCACAGCGAGUCAUCAGAUGAGCACAUUUCCCAGGACAGCCAAAGAACUGAUGCAAGGGAGGACCGUGAUGGUACGGGUUCUAGCAGAGAGAAAAUAACUAUACAGGAGCCUUCUCCAAGCAGAAACAGACAUCAGAAAUCUUCUGCUCUGCACAACACCAAUGAUCAGCAACAAGCUGUUGGUGAAAAGAAACCUAACAAAUCUAUUUUAACCCUUGUACCUGAAGCAAACCCAGAGAAUGAAGCUUGCAGAUAUGCUAAUAAUGACCAACCUCACACAGAGCACACCAAAGUAAAGGUAAAAGCUGUAGAAUUGUCAGCUGAGAAAAGGGAAACUAAAUCUUCAGCCAAGAUUCUAUCAGAAAGAAAAAAGCUCAAGAGUCCAAUCCUGAAUUCUGCCAAAUGCAAGCAACUUGCAGGUAAAGUCUCUUUGUCUACAGACCAAUGUUCAAACAAGGGUGAGCCACCAUCCAAUUAUAAUCUGCCUUCUGCUGCCCCUGUAUCUCAGAGGCAGGAAAAUGAGGCUAACAACAAUAAAUUGGCAAGAGAGUUAAGUAGAACUGCUUUUCCUAAAUCUGUGGAGGUCAAGAACACAAAGGAAACAAACAUUAGCAAGCUUGCCACAGGGGUCAAAGAUGUAAACAGGACUACCCAGUUUCAGUCUGCUAACAAUGAUAAGCAGGAAACCAGGGCUUGCAUCAACAAACCUGGCAGUCAAUUUACAGAGGAAAUUCACAGCAACAUUAAUAAACCUGGUAAGUUCAAGGAAGAAAAUGGCAAUACUACUACAAAAACCAUCACAAAAGAACAUGGGUCUAAACUGGUUAAAUCUGUCAAUCAGACAAAGGAUAACAUACUCAAAGAUCAAGUUUUGUCAGACACAGGAGUUGGAAGUUUGCUAUCUCCAAUAAGAGAGAGUAAAGUUAAUUGGCCAUUGGUGGUAAAAAUCGAUUUAAGUUUGCUAUCAAGAAUCCCAUCAUCUUGCAAAGAGAACAAACUAUCCAAGAACCAUACAGUGGAACACACCAGCCAGAAGAAUACGGAAGGAUUGAAGGAGAGCAAAGAAAGCUCAUCAGGCAAGACCAAGAGAAAGCAUGUGAUUGACAUGGAAGGCAGUGAGAGCAAAAAGCAAAAGUUGGAUAAAGAAAAUAAGUUGUCUUCUUCAAGCCAUAAAGAAUCUAUUCAUAAGCGAGCUUCUACAUCUAUCCCUGAGAAGGGAAAACCAUUUGUACUGCCACUUCCAUCUCCUGUACCAAAACCAGCAAAGGUUGCCCACAAUCGGACUGACAGUGCAAGUAGUUCUUCAUGCCAAGUGUCCACAGUGAGUGCUAGUGAUAAGGUUAAGAGCAGCAUGAAUAACUCUGCAUCAGGAUUGCUACCUUCUAAGCACAAAAGAAUGGAGGAUAAACAGUCAGGACAUCUGAAAAGCAAGGUGUCUUACCAGGGUUCUGCCAGUAAUGUCACUCCAGAACAACUCCUCCCUAAUGGAAACUCCAAACCAACAAGGCCUCUACUCAAGUUUGAUGACAAGCAAUAUUCAGUAGAGCAUCACUUGCAGGAAGCCAAAAAAAUAAAGCACAAAGCUGAUGUUAUGUUGGACAAAAUUGGAAAAGCUUUCAACUACUUGGAUGCUGCACUGUCCUUUGUUCAGAGUGGAAUAGCAAUGGAAAGUGAGGCGCAGCCACCAAAGUCUGCUUACACCAUGUUUUCUGAAACUGUGGAUCUGAUCAAGUAUAUCCUGAAACUAAUAAACUACAAUGACUCAUCAGCAACUCGUGUAGAAAAAAUAUUUGUAGUAUUAUGUAUUCGCUGCCAGUCUCUGCUCUCAAUGGCAAUGUUCAGAUUUAAGAAAGAUACUGCAUUGAAAUACUCAAAGGCCUUAAGUGAACAUUUCAAGAGUUCUUCCAGGACAGCUCAAGCUCCAUCUCCUCGUGUUGCCAGAAGCACUGGCACACCUUCUCCACUGUCUCAGACGCCAUCCCCUGCCAGCUCUGGAGGCUCGCAGACAGGAUCUGUCAGUAAUGGUGGAAGUGUUGCCGUUCCACACGCCAUUCAUCAACUGGCAUCCACCUACGUCAACAUCACCUCCAUUUUCCUCCAUGGCCAUGACUUGUGGGAACAAGCAGAUGCACUAGUGAGAAAAAACAAGGAAUUCUUUGCAGAGCUGGAUGCAGCAGUUGGCCUUUUAUCCUUGACCAGCAGCAUGACUGAACUUGUACACUACGUCAGACAAGGUUUACACUGGUUGCGUCUAGAAACUAAAUUGCUAUAACAGGAUGCUGAAAAUGAUUCUGACAUCUGCCUAUUCAACUUGAGCACCCUAAUCUUGACUGUGCAGUGUUUUUAAUAAGCAAAAGCAAAUUUCAAGAUAUUUCUGUGCAGCAGAAACUUUAAUAAUGUAGGUUGGAAAUGAAAUAUGGCAAAAAUGAACUGACUGAAUGUUCACCCAGUGAGCAAAAGUGCAAUUUUUUCUCUUGAUCCCUCACAUUCAAAAUGAUGGAUGCAUAGUAUUUGAGAUUUCUUUAUUGAAGUAACUCAGAAGGAUAAAAGGCUGGAAAAGUCCCUCUUGACAUGUGUUAUGGCUAGGAAAUGGCAGUAGCUGUUUCCUCUUAUUAGCAGAAGUGCACAUAUUGUGCAUUAACUGCAUGAAUUCCGAAAAACAUUUAGCAGCCAAAGAAUGUUGCAGUCUCCAGAACAUUGUUGCAGUGAUUUCCUGGAACGUCUUUGAACACGCCGCCUAAUGGCUGAGGUGCUUCGGGAUGGAGGAUUAUAUAAAUGUUUAAGUCUUCGACUGUUAAUUUUGUUCGCACACUAGGAGCUGUGGAAAAAGAACUUUAUUUUCUUUUGUGUGUUUUUUUUCUCUUCUGUAAUAUUCAUACUUACUGCCAUUUCUCUCCUAUUUAUUAGAACCAAGACAUUUUAUUUUCUGAAUGGCCCUGAGUAUUGCUAGUAAGGAUGUUUAACAAAAUGAACUGAAGAUAAUGGAAUUGGGAUGAGUGUUGGGGCAGGGCUGGGUGGGAGGGUUUGUGGGGAUGUUAAUGAGGAAGUAGUAUUUGAAGUAUCCUAUCGGACAUUAUCUGCUCUUUGGAAAAGUUCAGAUCGAUGCCUCCUGCAUCUCCUCUUAGAAAAAAAGUUAUUUUAUUGUUCAGAGUGCCUUAGACAUUCUACUUUGUAUAUAAGCAGUUGGUUCUGGCCACAGAUGGUGCUGCUUCAUGGUAUGGAUUAAGGAAAAAAUGGAAGAUGUAAUGAAAUUCAUGAGGCAUGAGUACUGUUCAAUUUCAUAUACAAGUCCUUAGUGAGCAAUAGUGACAAAAAUCAUUAUUCACCUUUUUAUGUUCCCUACAUGUCAGACUUGUCCUGUAGAGGGGGGCAGAUUAUUUGGGAGUGGUAUUACCCUUGUGAUGAUUAUCUACCUAUCAAUUUAUUUUUUAUAAUUGGGAAAAGGAGAUUUCUUGUUUUGAUCGAAUAAAGGGAUGUGGGGAACCUUUGAAAAAUGUUGCUGCUGUCAAAGAUCCUAGUUAAAAUAAAUUUCCUUUGGUAACUAGGCGUCUUCAAAACAAAACUGAAAACUUACUAGCAAUAUGUAUAGUGUUAAGAGAUCAUGAACAAACCCAGGCUAUUGCCCAUCUUCUGUCUUAAUGUUGUUAAUUAAAUUAUUCCAGCAGCCUAGGGUACAAACAAUGUAGUCAAACUUCAGCAAUUUCUGCUCAACAUUCUGGCAUUUAUUAACUUUAUUUGAAGUUUGACCUUGCACAUAUACAUUUUGCUGAUUGGAAUUAUUGCAGAAAUGAUUGAGUCUCUAUUAAUCAUUCCAGUAAACUUUAUCAAAUUGCAAGCCCCUACAGUGGCUGAAUGGGAAAUGAAAGAAGAAUUUACAGUGUGACAAUGGUAGGUUGAGUAUAGAAGCCAUGUGCUGGCUAUGCUUUUGAAAAAAAAACCUGUUACCCUUAUCAAGAAAUGUAGCAAAAUGCACUUUGACUAAUAAAUAAAUUUACUUUCACACUUUCCAUCAAGCACAGUUUCUGAAAAACAGACGAGAACAUGUUUCAGACCAAGGGAAUAUAGAAAUCUAUUUUCCAUUCACCUUCUUAAAAAGUGUUUCCAGAAGCUUUUAAAACUUUUUAAGGAUUUGGGUCAAUUUCCAAGCAAUAAUUAUGAUAUUUAGAGUUGUUAUUUAAAACCUUCUAUGGCAUCUGUUUAUCUAAGUAAGUAGGUUGAGGAGAGCUGGAGGACCUGAACUUUGAUUAGCCUCUCAUAUUGUAUUUACUUUUAGCUAGUCUCUGUUAAGUUAGUAAUAGGGAUGUUUUUUUUUGUUGGCUUUGAUGCUUCUAUAUUAGGAAAGUCCAAAUUUCUCAUUCUGCUUCUGAUUGCUCACCACCAUCCAAAGCAUAUGGCUGUUAGAUGAGCACAAGAACUGGUUCAUUGUGUUGUUCCUCCUCCCCGCAUUGGAAUAAUCCACCAAUACUGUAUGUAUCAACAACAAGUGAAUAAUCACAGGGUACUAGUUUCCAUAGAAUUACAGCCCAGGGAGAGAAGGGGUGGCCAGUAGGGAUGAAAAGCUGGAAAAGAGGAACAAGAUUAUUUGUAUGCCAUAAAUGUACUUGGAAUAAUUUUGGUUUAUAUUUUUUCUUUAUGUCAAACCCAGUGACUGUGCUUCUGCUAUGCAGUCUUUAUGCAGCUAAUAAAGGCAUCCAGAGCGAUCGCUCAUUAUCACUAUUUUCUGCAAGUCAAUGCAUAAUUAUAGCAAAAUGAUAGAUGUUUGAGGCUUUCCAGUCUGUGACACAGUGAAUGUACUGUGGCACAACAUCAAACUGUGCAUUUUAGUUCGAGUUUGUCUCCUAUCACUGAAAACUACUGAUAUGUUGUGAUGCCGCUAUUGUCUGUAGUUUCUAACGGCAAGAUUCCAAAUGAUGAAGGCCAUUUAGAUGUCCUAAGGGCAAUUGGUACUCUAGCCAUCACUUGAGAAGUGUGAUAAUUUGGUGAAAAAGCAUUUUUUUAAUAAAGCCUUCACCACCAUCAGGAGUAAUGCUGAAGUGAAGAAUAUAGAUACUAUUUUAUAUUUAGUUCCGUUGUCCACCCAUCCUCCCCCAUAGAGAGAUGCUGAAUGAUUCUAGCAUUGAAUUGUGCUUUUUAAAAAAAAAAAAUUGGUGAAAUAUAAAGUGGAGAACUACAGAAAAAAUAGGCAAGUUUCUAUUACCUGAAAGAAUAGUGGGUCGUCCAGGCUGGUUAUGAUUUGAAUUUGUACUUCAUGCAGGGAUUUAUUCUUUGGAGAAACUGAUGAGAUGAAAUGAAUCAAAAUAAGGGAUUGUUGUGUGUAAUCAUGUGUAUUUAUUGUGCCUUUAUUGACCAAGAUGGUUUUUCAAAUAUUUUUUAUUUAUUUAAUAUGUUGGAUGGCAAGUAAAGUAGGACUUUAAUCUAGUUACCCACUUUAUCUUUGAUCCAAUCAACUGUUCUCUAAACACGCCCUUUAGGGAAAUGCCAAAUUUCUAUGAAAGCCUCUCGAGCGCUAGUUGGUACGCUUGUCAAAUACACUAACAUCUUCAUACAAUGCCACAGAAUACCUUCAGUAAUUCUAAAUCUUGUUUGUUGCACUUUUCUUUCUAUUUAAAUAAAAAAACAGUAUUUGCAACACUCAGUUUAUGGGUUUAUAUGCUUGUUUAGGUAAAGGAGAAUUAACGCAGUAUAAUAAUGUUUGUCCUGACCAAAGUAUUGCUAUACAAUAACUCAGCUCCUUAUUUCAGAAUGACUUGAGUUCCACAUUUUGCAAUUUCAAAGAUAGUUAAUAUUUUUUCCGGUAUCUGGAGUCUCACCAUGUGAUCUGGGUUUCUUCAAAAAGUUACACCAUAUCAAUAAUUUCAGUUCUGUUGAAAUUUGAAAUGUUUUUCUUCAUUCUCUUUCCACUGCCACAGUUUCUGAAACUUUUUAAGUGGUAUGGGUUAAUAAAUUGGUUUUCUAUGAAAUAUUAUAAUAAUGUUUUCCUUUAUAAAGGUUUGGCCAAUCAACUGCUUAUUUAACAGCAAAAGUGGAUGAUCAUCCUCUGCCGUGAAAUGUAUGGCUUGAAAGUAAAUGUAUUAUUGGAAUACUGGACUAUGCUUCCUUUAUUGUGUUAAUGCAAACUUUACAUUCUUUUUUAAACUGGAUAUUCUGGAAAAAAAAUUAACUCAAUAAAAGUUAAAUUCCAGAAGAACCAAAUAAUGCAAG